AUGCCUGGCUCUCUAUCCCUCUUCUCCGUGAAUGCGGUUCUCAUCAUGUCCGCGGACGACGGGUCCCGCAUCCUUGCCAAAUACUUCUCGGCACCCCAUCCCCCCGCCGGCACUGCGCCCAACUCGACGGAUUACCCGGGCGCCAACCCCUACCCUACCGUCAAGGAGCAGAAGGCAUUCGAGAAGGGUCUGCUCGAGAAGACCAACAAGUCCACCAGCGAUGUGAUCUUGUACGAUAACCGCAUUGUGGUGUUCAAGAUGGAGAGCGAUGUGAUGCUCUACGUGGUGGGAAGCGCCGAGGAGAACGAGGUCUUGCUGUACAACGUGGUUCUGUCCAUGCGUGAUGCUAUGGGAAUUCUGUUCAAGUAUGCUCCAGACUUAAGCUUAGGAUGUGGGAAUUUGGAGCUAACGAAGAUAUUCAACAGGGGCGCCACCGACAAGCGUACCAUCGUCGAGAAUUACGACCUUGUUUCCCUCACUAUUGACGAGAUCAUUGAUGACGGAAUCAUCCUCGAAACCGACCCCGUCAUGAUCGCCUCGCGCGUCAGCCGUGCCCCCGCCGCCGAUGCACCCAACAUGAAGAACAUCGACCUCUCCGAGCAGGGUCUGAUGAAUGCGUGGGAGUUCGGCAAGCGCCGUCUCGCCGAGGGCUUGCGGCAGAUGUAA